CCGAGGGUUCGCGUGGCGGGGGCGGCAACGACGAUGACAUUAUUUUAUUUAUGCUGUGAUAGUGAAAUAACAACAACACCAAGACCAACAACUGAAAUAACACCCAUUCCCUUGAAAUCAAUCGCAAUAUUUUCGACGAGGGACGCGAAACGCAUGGAGAAUCUUCACACUUAACGACGAAAACGAGAAAUUAACCAAAAGCUUUAACCAAAACAUAAAGAAAAACACCAAGCAAAUUGUUGCGAACCCUAUAAAUAGAUUAAUGUUUAAUUCAUAGUGAAAACAGCACCAAUUAGCGCAUAACCUAUAAAAUAUUAGUCAAUAUGUUUAGCUAGUUACAAUUUACAUAGAUGAUAUUUAAUUAGUGGCUUCAAACAAAACACCAAGCAACCAAACAACCGAACAAAAAAGGGGAAAAACCAAUACCUAGUUCAAUUGUACGGAGCGAAAAACUAACGAAUAGCGAUUAGGAAAACUGGCCAACUGAUAAGGCUGGCGAAAAUAUUAAGCUUAUAGCAUAUAGGAAAUAAUAAUAGCAACGGCAAACCACCCCAUCUCCAGGCGAAAGCCCCGAAUAGCGGAUUCAUUCAGAAAAACGUGCCACACAACCGGACGGGAGCGACGGACAACGGUAAAUGUCAAAGUCAUAAAGAGAAAACUCGGAAAUGCCGAUGAGAGAAAGCUCAGAGAAAACGUCAAAACUAUGAGAGGCGAUAAAAGCUAGCCAGUUACAGUUAUAUUGGGAGAAGCAAUGCCAAGUGUCAAAAUCGCAAAGAGAAAGUAACAAAAGAGAGACACAGCUUAACGAAAACUUCCGGUUAUUUUUUAACCAGUAGAUUGAGCAUUACGGCCAUAUAUUAACGCAAACAGGACAAUGGAAUAGCUUGUAUUUAUCAGUCGUUUUGCCUAAAAAAAGAGUUUAUAAAAAGAAAAGAGAAAGGAACGCCGCAAUAGGAGGUCAUACAAAUCCUCAGAAGAGGGGUCGAUGAUAAUGUGACACAAUUCUAUUCAAUAUGCGCAAAUAAAAGAGACAGUUUCGGAGUUAAUUAGGGGAAAGCCUAGAUAAAGCUCAGAGCAAAUCCCGAAUCUAAACCAAUGAGAAAGUGAAAGCUCAGGAUAAAAGCGUCAGCACAACUUUUGGCCAAGACACAAUCCAAUAAAAUCGAAACCAAUGGCCAGCACAGCGGUGGGACUGGGAGGCGGCGAAGGUGACCCCGGGGCGGGAGGACCGCCAGCGGGAUCAGCGCAUCCCGACGACGCCAGCAGCAUGAGCGACGACGUCUUCGAGGAUGCGGAGACCACCCAGGCCAGGAUCGAGGAGCUGCGUCGCCGGCCCUUUGGCGAUGGCUCCUACAAUCCCCCCGCAGCGCCCGCCUCAGUUUCCGCCUCGAUAACGACGACAACGACACAGCAGCAGCAACAACAUCACAAUCCUUCGCAUCACCACCAAUCCUCGCACCACCAACCAUCCCACCACCAUCACCACCACCACCACAGCCAGCUGAGUUUGACGGGCAGCCAUCACUACCACGACGAUGCUAUCAUGGCGCCCGUUCAGCGCUCGGCCACCGGAUAUCCUGGCUAUCGUCCCUCCCGCGAGGCAAUGCAGAUGUAUGCGUACGGAACGGAUGACUACGACGAUGACUAUAACGAUGGUUGGCGAUCGUAUCGCUACGAUGAAGUGGACAUGCACCCAGCCCCGUCCAACGCCCAUCAGCAGCCCUUCGAUGAUACGGUUAACCACAAGACGAUCCUGCUGGGGGAUUCGGGCGUGGGAAAGACCUCCUUCCUGGUCAAAUACAAUACGGGCGAGUUCCGACUGGGUUCCUUUUCCGCCACAGUGGGCAUUGCGCUUACGAACAAAGUGGUGGUCGUCGAUGGAACGCGCGUCAAGCUGCAAAUCUGGGACACAGCUGGUCAGGAGCGAUUCCGGAGCGUUACCCACGCCUAUUAUCGCGACGCGCACGCUCUACUGCUGCUGUACGACGUGACCAACAAGACCACCUAUGACAACAUUCGCGCCUGGCUGGGCGAGAUCCGGGAGUACGCGCAGGAGGACGUGGUCAUCGUUUUAAUAGGCAACAAGGCCGACUGCAGCGGCAGCGAGCGGCAGGUGAAGCGGGAGGAUGGGGAGCGUUUGGGGCGGGAGCACAACGUGCCCUUCAUGGAGACCUCGGCCAAGACGGGACUCAAUGUGGAGCUGUCCUUCACAGCGGUGGCCAGGCAACUAAAGAGUCGCGGCUACGAGCACGGCGAUGAUGGAAAGUUCAAUGUGCAUGAUUUUGUGCGUGACAAUACAAAGGCGCGCUCGGUUUGCGCCCAGUGCAGGAACAUGUAAUUGAAAUUGGCCAACUUGCGGAUGACAGAAGAGCCAUAUCCUCCCGAUCCCGCGCACAAAGACAACAAUAAGCCCGCAGCCAGUUGAGAUGGGAAGUGGGGCACUCGAAAGGAAGCAGAAGGACACGUUCGAUGGCGCAGAGUCGAAAUUCUGCAUUUAUUGAAACAAACCCAAAACGACAAAAAAGAAAAUCACACAAAGACACUCGAUAAGAUUGCACCAAUUUUGUAAGACCCUAGACGGAAGGUAGAGUACUCGGCAUGUUUUGUAGGUAAAUGGGGAUUUCGGGGCGGAACGGGACGCGAUACGCAUAAUUUUUAUAGGGCAGGCCAUUGGCAUUGCGGCAUCAGUAGGCCCGGUGCAUAAAUAUUAAACUAUAUAUAUAUAUAUAUAUAUGUAUAUAUACAUACAAAUAUCCGUAUACAACUGCAUAAAUUACUUUAAGGAGAGAGCCGACGGAACGCAGCAAAAUCAUGCCACAUUGAGAUUUAUCCAGCACGCCGUUGGAUUUCACUGAGGAUAGAACUGCUUGGAGAAUAUAUACCUACCUAAAUAAUCCAGAGGAGAUCUCGGGAUACUACAAUUCCAAUUAAUGAGAAACAAUCACUCAAUUUACCUACUAUUAGUUCUAUUGAUUUACUCCUAAUUGUUAAGUGUUAUGGACUAUCGUUAAGUUUUAGGUCCAAACGAGGCCCUGAAAAUUGUUUACACACCCCACUAAUGAAUACGCUACGCAAUUAAGUUAAUUAUUACUAAUUACGCCUGUGUAAGCCCAAUCAGAAACCCAUUCCCAAACCAAUUUGAACAGCGCGCCCAGGCAAAGGUGUUGCGAAUAAUCAAAGGCAGUUGAACAACUUGAACAUAUACUAUACUGAGCUACUACAGCAAAAGAUAAAGAAUCCGAUGCAUGCAUAUAUCACGGAAUGAAUGUAAACUAGCUACUAAAAAGCGUUAUAUUCAAGCAGACGUCAAGUCUAUACCAUAAACAGCAAAUACAUAUUUACAUUGAAUGUGGUU